CCUCUUAAGGUUUUGCAUUUCUCUUCUAAUAACACAAAACUCAUUCAUUAGGGUGUUCCUGAUCCCGCCGCCAAAGCACUUUAUUCUCGAAUCACUUUCAAAAAGAUCUCGAUCGAUUUCACCAUUUUACAGAAAACCCCUAGAGAGGUCGUCGACCAUGAAGUGUGGCCAAAUUCGCUCUGUAAGUUGGAGAUCAUCUUAAUCGCCUUGUUGGGUUUUCGCUGAUCUGUUUUAAAACAACUGAAUUAGCAAUGUCCAAGCCCAUCAUGCUCGUCUGUCUACUAGUUAUACUUAUAGUCACCUCUCAGUUUGAAUGGAGACAACCACUCGUUGACCUUGAUGCACCCACCACCAUCUCUCAGAAACAGCAGAAAAUUUCAGACAGGGAAGAAUCUGUCAAAGAGAAGAUCAUCAUAUCGCAAGAGAGACAUAUCCAGAAGCUAAAUGAGCUUGUCAGGAGUCUUCAGUUGCAGUUGCUACAAUGCAAGGGAGAUAAUGGGACCCAAAAUGCCACCAAAAGCUUUCAUUCAGAUAAACAUUUCAUUGAGGUCGAGAGAAAACAAAUCUUCCAAGGCUAAUCUCCCUUGCAAAAAUAUGAAAUGAUACGUCAAUUCAUUUGAAAGAAAGAUCACUCUUUAUAAUGUGUUUCGGUGUUGUAUUGUAUUUAUGCUGAUGUUCAUAUUGAGAAGACUUUGCUGAUACAUUAUAACGAGGUUGAUAAAUUUUAAUAUAAAUAUCCUAACCUAC